AUGGAAUUUAUCAAGUUCAUCGAUCAAACAGUACGAGAAAUAAAGAAGGAAGUGAAUGUUAAAAUUCUUAAAGUUCCUGAGAUUCAACAGAAAGUUUAUGAUGCAACAAGUUAUGAACCUUGGGGAUCUCAUGGGUCUGACUUAACCGAGAUUGCUCAAGCCACUAAGAAAUUGGAACAUCUAGCUCUAUUUCCUCUGUUGAUUGGUACUAGUACUGAUUGUAAGAUCAUAAUGAAUGUACUUUGGACAGGAUUGGCUGAUGGUGGCAGCAACUGGCGUAAUGUCUACAAGGCUUUGGCUGUUAUGGAAUAUUUGGUGGCACAUGGAUCUGAUACCGCAGUUUAUGACAUCAUAAAUCACUCUUUUCAAAUAUCAGCAAAUGUUGAUCUGUUUGCUGCGAAGCCUUUCAGUAGUUCUGCAUCCUCUUCAACAAUGGUCGAUUUUUUCACUACUCGAAGACCAGUUUUGCAAGCUAAAACCAAGACUGGGGUUGUGUCUAUUAAAUCACAAAUUGGUGAUCCUUUUUCUGAAAUGCUGCUGAACAGUGUUGAUGAGUCUAUUCGUUCACAGACUUUUGAUCCCUUUUCUGGAAAGCAGCUGAACAGUUUUGAUGACUCUUGA